GGAAAGUCUCGAGUGUUGGGCGUGGAGCUGUAGGGGUGCGACAGAGCUGUGGGGAACCAUGCAUGUCGAACAACCACACGUAACUGGAGGGUUCACCGAGAAAAUUUUUCGAGUACUGAGCACGUUUUGUGGUGUGAAUGACGCAGUGUCAAGUUUCGGCUUAGAAGGUCGUUGGCGAUUUGUCUCCGACUUCGUUGCUGGGACAGGAAGAAACUACAUUGAUGCGGAGUUAAUAGAACAAGGAGUAGGAGAUAAGUCAGGCCCAGAUAGCCGUUGCAUCUUCAAUGAAGAAGAAGAAUUACGAAUUGCCAUGAAGAAUAUGAAAAUAGAGAUGUCACCUCUUCUACUUCACAACAAGGAGCAGGUGGAAGAGAAGACGUCUCUCCACCACAGCACAGACGUAGACAAACUCAAACAGCAGAACCAACAAGGUGAACAAAAAGGGAUGGAGCAGGCACCGUCGAGUGUCAAUGACAACGCCGAUCCAGAUCCCAAGAUCCGGAUUGCUUGCAGUUUGCUCGUAGUUUGGCCUCACGAGGUUGCGGAAAUGAAAGCGCACGCGGAAGUGACGGCGCCUUACUGUGACGAGUUCGCCUUCGUUGUAGCCGUCGACAAAUUCGACGCAAGUAGUACCAUCGAAGUAGACAAGAAAGAAGGCCAACAAGAACUUGCUCAUCAUGCUGAUCGCGAUGUUGAGAAGAUCUCUCCCUUCUUUCAAGGAUUUCCAGUACGAAAUUUGGUCGAUAUCUUUCCCGGAACACCGGUCGACGAAUGGAGACACUCCGAUAAGAUGCCGAACACUGUGGAGAAAUACCAUUUGGCCUUGAUCGAUG